CAAGAGAAGGACCAAAUAGGCCUGCUGACUGCUCUUACCAUAUUCCUACUGUCAGCUAAUCCGGAGGUGUUAGCAGAGCCAAGAAUCCAGGCUGGCUGCUUACAGAGAUUUCACAGCUGUAUUGACAGCAAGGAUGCAAACGAACAGCUGAAAUGCUACAGGCUCAUCCUGUCCAUUUUCCAACAUCCUUCUCAUGAAUUAGUUGCUCCAUACAUCUGUGACUUGGCUCCACGUGUGGUUCGUCACUUGAGCCAUGCAGAUAGCAGAAAGCCUCAAAGUCAACCUGAGCUUCAGGUCCUGCAGGAGGGGAUUCGAUUACUGCAGGCACUUAUUACUGCCAGCGAGGAAUGGAACCGUCCUCCUAUGUUGUCCAUGGUGUUCCAUCUUUUCAUUUCAUUUCUGUUAGAUGAGAAUGCAUUUGGCUCUGCAUCUCCAUAUUCCAAGGCUCUUCAUGACUUUGGCUUACACGGGUUAACACAGUUUGGUGCUAGUUACCCUGCCCAGUUUCGUCAGCUCAUGGGCUCUUCUACAGCACUACGGUCUCGCAUAGAAGCUGCUCUUCGGGGUAAUCAAGAAAGCCUCAAACCUAAAGUGUCUUCCCGCAUUGUUAAGGGAGGAGGACAAGGCUCCCCAAGCAUUCAGCUGAAGACAAACUUCUUGUAA